CAGUACGACGCGCACGCUUCGCCGGCCGGCCAUCCCACACGAAAAUACACAAAAAAACGUGUAAAAAUCAACACUAAACAUUCUACCAACUUUAUUUACUUUCGUGUACUCAAAAAGUGCCUAAACAGUGUAAAAGUGAUCGUUUUAAGGUUAUAAACUGACAUUCCAACGUGGUGUUCUGUGAACUGGGUCAUGGUGUUCGAUUUAUAAGUUUCUGUGUAAUUCAUCAAAAAUUGAAUCAUGGAAGAGAUUAAAAAAGAGAUCAAUUUGGACUCGAUCCUUGAGAGCUUGGGGCCGUACGGGCGAUACAACCUGCUGAACUUCGUUUUACUACUGUUCCCUAUACUGCUGAGCAGUUUCUUCGAAUGCGGGUUCAUUUUUGAAGCACAAGAAUUGGCUUACAGAUGCGACGUGAAGGGUUGUGAACAGCGCUUCAACGACACCUCGUGGCUCAAGUAUGCCAUCCCAACUGACCACGAGAGAGACAGACUGGAAUCCUGCAGGAUGUACGUACCACUCAACAGUAGUGACUUCCAGUGCCUCCCCCAAGACUUUGAUGCCAACAGAACUAUGGCUUGUGAGAGCUUCGUUUAUGAAGAUGAACAUUCUCUUGUCAAAGAGUUCAACCUGGGCUGCCAAGAGUGGAAGCGGGCGUUGGUCGGGACGAUUCACAACUGCGGGAUGUUUGUGGCCAUGUUGUUUACCGGCGCCAUAUCUGAUCGCUUCGGGAGGAAGGUGGCUGUUGGCUUCGCUGCUACCACCAGCUUUAUAUUCGGGUUCUCAAGAUCGUUUGCCCCUAAUUACUUGACGUACGUGUCUUUACAUUUCUUGGAGGCUGCCUUUGGAGGUGGAUUGUAUCCAUCAGCUUAUGUGUUUGUUAUCGAGCUGGUUGGCCUCAAGCAACGAGUCAUAGUAUCAGCCAUGUGUAAUAUGACCUUCGUGAUCGGCGUCGUCCUCAUCGCUCUCCUCGCCUGGGUCAUCGAAAGCUGGAGAACCUACAUCCUCAUACUCUACUGCCCAGCACUAAUCAUCACUAUCUACAUUUGGUUCAUGAACGAAAGCGCCCGAUGGCUUCUAAGCAAAGGGAAGAGAGAUCAAGCUAUUUCGGUCUUGAAAAAAGCAUCGAAGAUCAAUAAUUUGGAUCCAAGGAAACUUGAGCUUGAAUGUUUGGGAGAUCCACUCUUGAAGGUUGAAAGUCAAACAGUAGAUAAGAAAUCUCAGUUGUCGAAAGCGAUUCGGUCCAGUAUAAUUUGGAAGCGGUUGCUGAUUUGUUCGUUCUUGUGGAUGACUUGUUCUUUGGUGUAUUAUGGGCUGUCGAUCAAUUCCGUAUCGUUGAGCAGCAAUAGAUACGUCAGUUUCAUGUUGGUGACACUGGUCGAGAUUCCGGCGUAUAUCGUGGUUGUGAUUGUCUUGGACAAGUAUGGAAGGAAGCAGACCUUAGUGGCUACAUACCUGACCUGCGCUCUCAUGAGUCUACUCUUCGCAUUCUUGCCACGAUCGGACUACUGGUCCAUCCCCCUGUACCUGGUUGGCAAGUGGAGCGUGACGCUGGCCUACAGCUCGGUCUACAUCUACGUGUCGGAGGUGUUCCCCACGAACAUGCGGCAGACCCUCAUUAGCAUGUGCUCUAUGGCUGGCAGGAUCGGGUCCCUCAUAGCGCCUAUGACGCCUUUGCUGUCGCUCUACCACAAGUCGAUGCCGACAGUGAUCUUCGCAGCCAUGUGCCUGGUCUCCAGUGUGCUGGUCCUCAUGCUCCCGGAGACAAGGAACAUGAGGCUACCUGACACCAUCGAGGAGGCAGAAGCACUGUCCAAGAGACGGACCAAGAAUUGAAUGAGGCUGUUUCAUUAAGUAGGUAUAGUUUUUGGUGAGCUUGUUUGUGAGUGUUUAUUUUAACUUAUAUAAAGGCUGGCUAUCCCAGCAAAUGUGGUUAUGGCAUACAAAAAAAAACAGAUGUUGUCCGAUACCAGAGACACACAAAAUUUCGUUAGAAUCAGUCCAGCCAUUUCGGAGUUCAGUUACGUACACCGUGACACGAGAAUUUCAUAUAUUGGAAAUUGGAAAUUAUUGCAGUACUGAGGAUCUUAUCGAAGAUUUGUUAAAUUUUAAUUCACAGUAAGUCAAAUAGCACUUACUGUUAAUUGGUUCAAUACCGCCUAUGGCCUAAAAUAUGUAACGAAAACUCACAAUCCAGUUAUUAUUUAUGUUUACCACCAUACAUUUGAAGUAUUCCAUUUCGCAUUUUCUAUUACACCAGUACCAAUAAUUUAAGUAAUGUUAAUUGACCAGAAAGCGGUAAUAUUAAAUAUAGUAGCAAUUGUUCCAGUUUCGACAAUGGACCUUAUUUCCUAAAGGAGAAUGAUGAAUGUCGCUCGUUUUUGUUGCGAACUGAACUUAAAAUCAGUCUUCUUUCAUCUGUAUAUAAAGAGACACUCAUAAACAAGUAUUCUCAUGCCCAAAUUUAAAGACAUUGAGCUUUAGUAAUUUAAAAAGUUACAAUUGAGUAAAAUACAAAAAAAAAAGUUUUACACAAACGAUUUAAUAUUCGUUAAUCCAAUACUUUGUAUACAAAUACAUCUAAGGCCUUUUAUACACUCCGCAAUUCUGCAAGGGUCUGUGUAUGAACUUCCAUAAAUUCUUAUUGCAGCAAUCCCUUGAUAUUUUUUUCGUAUGUUUGUCAGACUUAUGUUGCCUCGUGUAAGAAAGGCCUUACAUUCUUAAUCUCUAUGUGUAGUUAUUUACAAUGCACUUUAUAUCCUGAUCCAACAGGACUAAGUACUUACACAAAAUACUUAAAGACUUUUUACAAUAAACCACUUUUAAUUAACUGA